GGCGUUUUUGCCUCCGAACCAUUCCUGCCAAGCCGGUUGGACGUGGGACAUGGGCGUGUGGCAGGGCAGGGAAGCUUUGAUAGCAAUGCUCCACCACAACUUCCUCAUUAUUUUGUGAUGGUAAUCCGUAAUCCUCUUAUAUCCGCUAGGAGAAUCUCGACAUAUCUAUGAACAUAUAGUUAAUACUGUUGAAAUGAAUGUAGCCCUACGGAGUACUCUGUACUUCUCCCUGAGUUCCCCAAACCUCUGUAGACGCCAAGUGGGGGAAGGGAACAUUUUCGGUGCCGCGCCAUGACCUCCUUGGUGCGGCGGCGGCCCGUCCAGCCUGCCACACAAAGCGCUUGCUGUGUCAAUUGAACAAGCCAAUUGAUAUCUUGCCUGCAGCAAGGCUUACGCAGCGUAUGCCCACCAAAUGCUCCAUUGGUAGCGUGAGUGCUCCUCCUGUCUGAGGUCUCCCACCAUAGACACCGCCUCAUCAUGGUCCAAGAAUGGGACAAACCUGUGAAUGGACCAUUUGACAACGGGGUUGACAUCAAAAUACCAUCCUGGGAAGCCUGGAGGGAUAUGGCAUUGUUUUAAAACCCUCCCGUAUGAAUCUGAUGUUGCCCACCCCCACUGAGUAGCCCUUCUUAUGAGCUGAAGUUCGUGGCCCUGGAACCGCAGUCAUAUAUGCUCUGGAAUUUCCGCUUCUAUCCUUUCUCCGUGCUCGCUGCAGCCCCAAGCAUGAUGUGGCCAUGGUUAUCUCAAACCAAAAAAAGUUAUCCCUUUUCUCCAUACGUGUCUUAGCUAGAUCCGAUUGCAGACCAGUACUCCGUACUGCCGUCUAGUUUCUUUAUUGCAACUCUUGGUGAUGUUGAUGGAAAGUCAGCUCGGCAUAUCCUUCCAGCAGUCUCUGCACAGCAGCUUGCAGUACAGCUUUCAGACAAUUGAUGUGCCAAUUCUCAUGCACUUAUAGUGGAAACUCUUCUCUACGCACAUAUGGUAGUAUUCUCCUGAAAGGGACGGGAUACAGACUCAUUAUUUUAAUAUGUCGACAAGAGUCCGGUUAUAUUGCGUCUGCACCUCCCAUCUGAUGUAUAAGCCGCCGAAUCGUCAAGACCUCGUGGCUAACCCAGUUUCUGUGCAGAUAUGUGGUGUCGGUGAGUACUAGAAACUUAUUGGCACUUCCUUUUCGCAAAAAUCAAAGAAAAACAGAGUGAAAAACAGGAAAUCAAAGCAACCACCAUUCGUCAAGGGAUUGAAAUUUGAGGUUCAGAGCCUAGAUCCGAAAUUGAUUACUAGUUAAAGGUGCGAGGAGGGCACUCAAGGACAAUAGUAAGGAAUUUUUGAAUUUACAAGCCAAUCCAGCCACUCAGAAGCUUAUUAUUGUCCAACGCAUGUUUCCUAGCAAAUUCUCAGCCAAUUGACUUUCUGAUUUUCUCUUUCAUCAACGCAAGCUCUUUACUGAUCUGUGCGGAGUAACUUACGGUGUACAUGGCUGUACUGUUUGCACAUUGGGGCUACGCCAUACCUGAAAAUGAUGAUCCAGCCCAGCUGGGAGAUCCGAGCCACUGUCAACUGCCAAAUGUUACCCGAACUUGCAACGUCGUCCGACUCCCAACGGCCUCCAGUGAAAACCGGUUAAGUUUGUCGGCUUCUUCCUUUGUUCCCUAUAUUUCCACUACGAUUGGGACGGGUCAGGGAAAAACACGAUAUUCACAGCGGAACAAUCUUUCCGGCCACAUUUUGUUUCGGCAAAAAAAAUUAAAAAUAAAAUAAAAUUGACUUGUCAUGGACUGGAUGUGGAAUCGGAAAGAAUAAAACUCUUUAUGCUCUCAGAUGCUGAGCCUGAAAAGUCUGCUAUGUUUGCCACGAACAGGCUCUUAAAUACAGAGAAACAACAAUGGGUAAUUCCGGAUUUGCAAUUUAUUUAUCUAGUUCAUCUACAGCGUAAUUUUGGUGAGGCUCGCAUUUUUUCUUAUUCUGCGCUCUGUUCCAUACAGGAUUAAGUUCAACCAAUCGGGAAAGACUGGUGGAGGGAAAGUAGAUACACGCCUCUCAGACAAUAUUCGCCAUCACAAUAAUAGUGGAAUGAGCAUGAGGUCACUCCAUACAUCAUCCUAUAGACGAAUAUUUAUAUCUUUGAAAUCGACUGCCUUGAGAUUUUUCGAACCUUAAUAGCAGUCUGGGGUCUUGCACGAGCAAAACUUAUACAUUGGGCUAUUUACCUUACUACUUUCAUGAACGUUCGUUUCACGUCCAUGGCAUACUGAAACAACUUGAAGAAAUGUCAACCUGUUGAUAUAACUAUGACAAAGAUGUCGAAAUGACAUCUACCUCCGUGAGGGUUGCGGAUGUUCAGACAAAACAUUCCGACAAGAAGUUAUUCCCAAAAAGUUGGUUAUCAGAGCACAAUGAGAAAACCCCACCGAGAUGAGGAAAUUAUUUAACAAUGAUACAAAAGUACAAAACGGCGAUGUCCUUGGGUCAUUCAUGUGUCAUCGGCGUCCGCCAAAGCCGCCCAGCAUUAUUCUUAUCACAAGCUUCAGAGUGGGCUGAACAACCUUCGGAAUUUCUACACUGUGGAUAAGCUACAGUUCCCAACUUCCUGAAAACGGUCACUUGGCCGGUCAUGGACAAACUUACUACGUUUACUUCCGUCUGAAUGGGCCUCUCCUAGGGCAGAUAGCCCCUGCAGCAGAUCUUCGGCUGCAGAUAGCCACAUGAAGGUUUGGCGUUGGCGUGAAGCUUAUUGUGAUCUUCCUUCAUUCUUUGAACCCCUUUGCAGGCCUAGGCCAGAUAUAAACUAUAUAUAGAGGAUGUUGGGGAACAUUGUCUGCUGUCUAAAAUCCAUCCCACCAAAUCUUUUUGCGCUCCUCCAUCUAUUUCUCAAAAAGUAGCUGAUCAUUCCAGCCUAGAGAAUAUUACCAAAACGAAAAUUUAUUCGUUCUUGCUUUGGCCAUGGGAUUAGUGGACAGCUAUAUCACCUUGACCACCUGUGGCGUUGGUCUUCUACUUGUAUGUUUGAUCUAACUUGCCCGUCCAAUAGAAGCGUUUGAAAACGCUGACAGAUUGUUUUAAUUCAACCAUUUUCUGAGAGAUUAUAGUACUUUGUGGGAAAUGCGAUUUAUAACAUUUACUUCCAUCCCCUGAAUAAGUUUCCAGGCCCAAAGUACCUAGCUGUGGGUAGAAUACCCAUAACUUGGGCAACCUUCCGCGGCCAGAAAGCACAAUUUCGCUUUAAUGCUCAUAGAAAGUAUGGUGAAAUUGUCCGCAUCGCUUCCAAUGAGCUUAGCUUUGCCCAUGCUCAGGGAUGGCGUGAUAUCUACGGCACCCAGGCCAAAGUGGAAAUGACCAAACCUGCGAGCGGUAUUGAGGAGCAAGAAGGCGCCCAGUCUGUUGUCACGGCUGAGGGAGAUACCCACAGCCGACAAAAGCGGAUGCUUGCGACUAUGUUCACGGAGAAAAUUCUAAAAGAGAAAGAGGCCCUUUUCAUUAGCCACGCUGACUUGCUGGUAAAGAGAUUGAAGGGGCUUGAAGGACAGCCUGUGGCAUUGGGUGAUUGGUAUAACUUUGCAACCUUUGAUAUGAUGGGCGACCUUCUCUUUGGUGAAUCCCUCGGAAUGCUGUCGACAUCGGAAUAUGUGCCUUGGGUUAAGUCUAUUCACGGCUUUCUCAAGGCAUUUGCUUUCACAAAUGUCCUAAAUGAAUAUCUAUGGUUUCGAGCUCUCUGGGCAUUUGUGCCUUCGAAGAUCCUCGACACGUUACGGGACACUCAUUUCCUGUUUACAGCGCAAAAGGUAAACCGCUACCUAGAGCUCGACGAAAAAGCUCGCGUAGGCAUGAUGGGACACCUGUUGGAUGGGGGUAGCCGCAAGGGCCUCAAUCUAGGGGAACUCCACACAAACGCUCCUAUUCUCAUUUUUGGGGGCAGCGAGACUUCUGCAACGCAACUCCGCGCUCUAACUUUCCUGCUUUUCAAGAACCCCGAAAAAAUGGGGAAAUUGAUCACCGAAAUCCGGUCAGCGUAUACUUCAUCUGAUCAAAUCACAUACGAUUCUCUUCUGGAGCGCACCUACCUCAAUGCGUGUAUCGAGGAAGGACUGCGAUAUUAUCCACCUUGCUCCAACGGAUUACCGAGAAUAGUCCCAAAGAGCGGUACAACUAUUUGCGGCGAGUUUGUCCCCGGCGGUACGAAUGUUUCCGUUGCAACAUUUGCUCUCUUUCGUUCACCUAAAUACUUCUCCCAGCCGGAUUCUUUCAUCCCAGAAAGAUGGCUUCGCGAAUCGGAAGGCGGCAAUCCUGUUUUUGCAACGGAUGAAAAGGGAGUUGCCCUUCCGUUUAGUUACGGCCCACACAACUGCCCAGGGAAAAAGAUGGGAUAUUUCGAACUCCGACUUAUCCUAGCCAAAGUUCUCUGGCACUUUAACUUGAAACUUCUGCCCGAAGAUGACGGCGCGGAAGACUCCUGGGACAAGAUGCCCAACUAUCAAACCUGGACGAGGCGGCCGCUUAAAGUAAUAGCGAAACCUGUUAGGCGGUAGCAAGCUUUCUUUCCACUAUUUUUACAUUAUGCUUUUUAAAAUGAUAUUACAUCAUUCCCCCAAUAAAUAUUGGAAUACAAGUACAUGGACUAAAUCAGAUAUAGCCCCAGUCAUUACUCGCCUCAUUGACUUGAUGAUCUGUUGUCCAUUUGGCUGGACAGGAAAAAAAUGGCGUUGACUUUUCAUUUUUGUGAUUUCCUCUUCUGCUUUGCAUUUCCUCCUUUACUGCUUUGUUGCUAUUUGUCAAGGGAAGAAAUUAUACAAAACCAACCGAUCUUUUACAUGUAGACAGUUGUUGGAAACAAGCUAGGUCACUGUUCGGCGGUUCUGACUGUCUGCUAGUCAACAAUUACUGAUGGACUGGGUCAGAUACGUGUGUCCACAGCUUGAGAGGUACAUAGUUAUCAUCAAGAGAGCUGAUGCCUACACACCUGCACUCAAAAAAUGUGUUAGAAUGGUCAUGUAUGGAGAGAAGGGGGUGAAUAAAUGAAAUGAAAAUAAUAAAAUAAUAAAAACAAAAGAAAC